AUGAACAAGGCCGGGGGCUCCACCGUGAAGUAUAUGCUGGCGCCUUGGACCAAGGCGCAGAACGUCACUGUCGGCCUCUACGACUCCCCCCAAUGGCUGGAAGGGAAGGACUUCGCGCAGGACUUCCUGGGGGACGAGAACUCGCUCAUGUGGGGCGCUUACACGGAGGGGCUCCGGCCUUUCGGGGGCCUGGGGCUGCGGGAGUGCAAGUGGUUCACCAUCUUCCGUCACCCCAUACCGCGCCUCGUGAGCGCCUACUUCUACUGCAAGAAGAAGCCCCAGGAUGGCCUCUGCGCGACGGUGGCCCUCGAUGCCAACGCCGACGACACCGACCUCUACGCCUUUGCGGAGCACUGGGGGGACUUCGGCCUUAGGCAGUUCGCGCUCGCCUUCGUGCUGCCGGAAGAGCUGUUGGCCAACAAGGUGAAGUACGACGCCACCGGGAUCUGCACGCCGUACCACGGGAAGAGGAGCUGCCCCGGGUGGUACGAGCUCAAGCUCUACCUGCAGCAGCAGCUGGACGAGCAAGAGCAGGGCGAGGGGUCGCGCGGGUGGGACGGGUCCGGCGCCGCGGCCAGCGGCGCGGCCACCAUUAGCCACCUGCUCCAGCCCGUGCAGGAGCUCCUGACUAACGAGUACGCGGCCGUGGGGGUCCUGGAGCAGUGGGAGACGAGCCUCCUACUGUUCAACGAGGCCCUGGGGAUGCCGGGUUUCGACUGGCCGGAGACGUUCGGCAGCAUCGGGAAGAAGAACAGCGACGGCACGUUCCACAACGAGGAGGCCGAGAUGCUGCUGAGGUCCUGGACCGAUCCCAGGCUGCGGAGGUACCUGUCGCUGGACCUGCUGCUGUACGACUAUGCGGUCAGCGUCCACAACCAGCAGGUCGACAAGUACGGUCUCGGCGAGGGGAGUUAG